UUUAUCGUUGAUUAUUUAAAACUUAUUCUAAUUUUUCUUGUUCAUUCGAUUAUUUAAUACAUAUUGCGAUAGAGUUUUUGAUGGUUGAAUAAAUGAGAGAUGAUUAGAAAUAGCUUUACCCUUUGACUGAGCCGAAUAAAUAGGACGUUAGCGUGGUGCUGGCAAUUAGAGAGAGAACUGACGUUGCUGAAACGCCUUCGGGAAAAUUUCGUGAGAGAUUUCAACAGAAAAUAAAUAAAUCCAUCGUGUUUAAUUAAUUCGUGUUAUCAUGAGUUUGUGGAGUUCUCGUCACUCGCGUUCACUCAUAUCGAUUCUUCUGAUGCCCACCGAGUGCAUCGCAAACCCGUUGCAGCGGGAGCUUGCAGACUCAAUAAUUCGCAUGCAAUCACUAGAUGAGAUAAGGAUACUUCUGGCUUGUGGUGCUAAACCAAAUGAUGCAGUCACUCAGGGAUUGAGGCCACUCCACUAUGCUAUUUGGCAGAAAUAUGCUGAUGCAGCACAGCUGCUUAUCGUACGUGGUGCCGAUAUCGACGCCACUGACGAGUGCGGAUACUCAGCUCUGCAUCUUGCUGCUGAGCAUGGGUACCUGGAUCUCGUCAAGCUUCUCAUCAAGGCCGGGGCGAAGGUUGAUCAUCGGGAAGACACCGGGGAGCUUUUUCCAAGAACAAUGUUGUGUGAUGAGCCCCUCCGUCUUGCCCUGCGAAAUCGUCACAUAGAAGUGGCCCGAACACUCCUGGAGGCUGGCGCUAAUCCAAACAAGCGCUACUUCUUCGGUUCGGAAAUAAAUCUAGUAUCGCCACUGGAUCUGGACUGUAUGGAGUUGUUGUUGGCAUUUGGAGCUCAGCCGAACACGAGGGACCGGGCUGGCCUCACACCGCUGAUGAAGGCCGCCAGAUUGCCACAAGGUAUUGCAUCGGUGCUUUUACUACUGAGCUACGGAGCAGAUGUUAAUGCAAUGGCUGAUGCCAGACACGACUACAGGACUGUUCUGCACUAUGCGAUUCUGGGUGGUGAUACGACAGUGAUCAAUUUGUUGUUGAAACAAGGCGCGAGGCUUGAUCUGGGGCCGGACUAUCAAAAACCAACGGCUCUGGAUCUGUCAAUCCUCAAAGGGGAUCCGAUCAUCGUGGAGAUGCUCCUCGAAGCUGGUGCCGACGUGAACGCCUCGUCCCCGAUAAUCGGAUCUCCGCUGCACGUGGCCUGUGCGGACAACAUCCCGAACCGCCUGGAGGUGCUGAGCAUGCUCCUGGAGCGCGGCGCGGACCCGAACCUAGUCAUCAGGAGUGACGAGGGUCCGGCGCUGCGCCCAGUCCUCGCGGAGUACGUGGCGUCCAACGAGAACCCCUCGGUGGAGGUGGUGAGCCUCCUCCUGAAGUACGGGGCACGAGUGGUCAUCAAGACGCAGUUCAGGGAUCCCCAUGGGAUCCUCAACUCCCUGCAGAACACCGCGGACAAACCGCGACUGCUGAGGGCCCUGCUGGAGGCUGCGGAGAGCUUCGAUCCCUGCAUGAUCAGGAGGUCCAGCAGCCUCACCGAUGCCCAGAGGGCUCUUGUCAUGGAGGCCGCCAGGACCCCUCUCCCCCUGACGCAUCAGUGUCGACUUAUUGUUCGGAAAACCUGCGGAACUAAACUCCCCAAGGUCGUCAGGUCUCUGCAGCUUCCGCAGUCGUUACAUCGCUACCUUCUUUAUGAUUUUUACUAGCAUUAGACCAACACGUUUGGCAUAACACUCUGCUGGGGCCAUUCAAAUAUUACGUUACGCGUCUUUGGAAACUUUAGACCCUGUCGCAAAUAUCAACCCCUUGUAUAUUACCUUUUGCGAGUUUUUCAGUUUUUUCAUAAAAGUUAAUUUAAAAAAUAAAAAGAAGGCAAUGGAUUAUAGGUCAACAAUGAAAUUACUUGUUGCGAUUUUUCUCGGUUUUUUCGUAACAUUUAAUUUUUUUAAUUCGAAGAAGAAGGCACAGGAUUAGGUUAAUAAUAAACAUUUUUUAAUUCGAAGAAGACAUUUUUAUAGUAGAUUUAAUUUUUUUAAUUCGAAGAAGAAGGCAAAGGAUUAGGUGAAUAAUGAAAUGUUUAUACGAUGUUCUUUGAACAUUUCGGAACUUAUUAAAUAUUGCCAUCGGAGCAUUUUGACAUGCCUCUGUGAAUCUUUGGAAUAUUGUCAAUGGGCCAGUUAUGGAACCCUUAAGAAACCAGGUUUUUCUUACGAUUGUUUCCAUCUUUCGAAUGUAUUUCUCAGCUAUUGAAAAAAAUUCUAACUAGCUGUACUACAUAGUUUAGUCUCUAUAUUAUAUAUUGUAUAAAAAUCCAAAUCGACUUCUGGUGAUGAAAAUUUGGUACUCGAGAUUAAGAGUCCAAAAUUAAGAGUCAGAACUGAAAGAACAAAAACCAAGAGUCAGAAAGUAAGGGUCAUAGGGGUCAAAAUAAAGGUCAGAAUAAGGGUCGUGGGGGUCACCAUCUACAGACCCCCCCCCUGAUCGUAUCCUUUUUUAUAAAGUUGAUUAACAAUGAAUGAUUGUUUUGAUUGUCAACUUUUUAUUCGCCUGGCGAUUGGUUGAUGGAUCAAUCAAUGAUUUCCAUGACUACGAGGAUGCUAUUGUGCGUUACAGCGCUCACUUGAAGGUGGUCGCGCGCGACAGUGCGCAUGAUUGCCUAGUGACGUAAUAUUUGAAUGCUCCUCUGUUAUUGUAUGUGAAACGCUCUUUAUACAGUUAUUGUCCAUAGAUUGUGAUACCAGGGAGAUUGAUAUUUUUCGAAAUUUUUUGGAGUAUUAAUAUUUGUAAUGCUGUUCGGAUUUUUCGGAUGGUCUGAGCUAUUUUUGAUGACGGGGGUUUAUUGUUCGGGUCUGAAACGGGGUAAAACGGGUUCAGGAAGGGGUGAUCGUUUGGGAAGGAUCGUGGGAAGAUUUUUUCGGAUGGUUUUAAGAUCAUCUCGAGAGGUAAAAAUUUUCCGAGAAAUAGAAGGGAAUAGGGUUUUCUUGCAGGGGAUAAAGUACUCGCAGAGAAGAUGAAUUCGUUGGUAAUUGGAGGGUGAGAAUUGUAUUUUGGGAUGAUUUCAUCGCAAAUUCAUUAAAGCCUAGUCCAUUGUCUAGAGAAUUCUAUUCUAUUGGAAAAUAGAAAAAAAAUUCUCAACCAAUCCAAUAGAAAUUCAACAAAAAUUGAAUUUUUGUUGGAUUUCUAUUGAAAAUUCUAUUGAUUUUUCGCCGAAUCUAUUUGAAAAUUCCGCAAUCUCACUGCGGGGUUUUUUCAAUAGAAAUGUUCAAUUAAAAAUAUCGCAUGGGAGAAAUAAAUAACUUUGACUUCUCUAUACAACUCAUUCUGCUGAGUCUCGUUCUAUAGAAAUUUCUCGGCUUAAAUUUUCCAAGAUCUUUUACUUGAACUUUCUAAUGAAAGAAAGACAAAACACGGAUUUGUGUUAAGGAAUUUCGAUAGAAAAUUUAUGAAUUGCAUAAGAUGCAAAUCUAUGGAUUUUUCCCACAAAAAUUUUAUGUUCAGAAACGCGCGUGAAAGCGGCAGGAUUUUCAAUAGAAAUUCAAUUCAAUGUAUUUUAGAGAAUGCAAUAAGUUUUUCAAUGAAUCAUUUCCACGCGUAGAGUUCCUUAAAUUCUCUACUAAAAACCUUCCAGACGAGAAGUUUCAUUUCAUAUUUCAAAUCGUGAAUGCAAAUUUAGUUCGUGGACUUGAGUCGUUUUACCCCAUGCCAACAGAAUUAUUUACAUUGUUAAUAAUUGGUCGGUGGAAACCGUUGUAACGAAGGGAUCUCAACUCGCUCAGACGAUGCAAUCGUCGUAAUCGAUUAUAUAUUUCUGAUAUUUAAUUUUUUACCUUUGUAUAAUUGUUGAGGAUUUAUUGAUGAUGAAUAAAAACGAGGUGAUGAACGUAA